UCAGAGUGCACGUCAUUUCUGUAAGCUGCAGUCGUAUUAUUUACUGUUCUGGACUCGUGGGCCUAUGUGGCGUCAAUGACAACGAGAUCUCGCGCGACUUCAGCUCGAAUGCGAACCCAAUGCGUUCGUUCGAAGCUUCAUUUGGUCGAGUGGCUAGGACUCCACUUCCCUCUUUGCUCCAGACUUGAAUUUGACGGGAUCCUUCCCACCGGACACAUCUUGAACUUUUCUCAUCCUCUUGCCUCACAAAACACUUGACACUCGCAAGCAUCUCCGCCUUGUGACAGCAUGUCUCAGAGGUCGCAGAUGGACGGCGCUCAACAAGGCUUCGCCGUGGGUCGGGGGCUCCUUGCCGCUGCAGAGACUUUAAACUUCGGCAUGAAUCAGCUGGUGGGCGGGGCUUCAGGGGCGGGCGGUGUCAUGGAGGGCCAGGAGGGCAGCUCCCGUAUGUCCCGUGGUGGUGUCGGCGGCAAUCUUGGCAGCACCAUGAAGCUUUUUGCCAGCUUGGGGCUGUCGCCCUCGGAUCUGGAUGCUCUGGCUCAGAUUCCCGAGGAGGACAUCAGUGUGGAGACUCUUCCGCAAAUCAUCAUGCAGCUCAAGAACCGUAAGGGGGACAUGGGGCGGGGGGCAGCAUCCUCCAUGUCCUCAGAUAAGUCCUACAGAAGUGGUGGUUGGGACAAUGAGGGCAGGAUGGGCGGGACGUCUUUGGGUCAGGGUUCUGGCCCAUCAGAUUUUGGCUUCACUUCGCCACAGGAGGUCUCCCUCAGCCGCGGGCUCGGCCUGAAUUAUGGAGGCGGGAACAGAGGGAGGUACCCUUCUGAGCCUUCACGUCACGACUCCUACGGCAGCCUGCAGGGGGCGUCUCUGUCCGAGCCUGGCUUUUUGCAGAGGAGGAAGGGCUCCCCGUCAGAAGGAAAAGUCCAAGACUUCUUGGGAGUCCUGCCCCCCAUGUUUCCCCACGUGUGCUCACUUUGCGACUUUGAUGUGCAUUCCACUAUGGAGUGGAACCAACACACAAAUGGCUUGCGACAUGCGGAGAACAGACGAGUGCUGCUCAACAUGUAUCCGGAGUGGGACCCCAGUGUGUCUUCAGGCAGAAGCCUCAUGGAGUCCACCAAUAUGUCUGCUGGGCUGCUUGGACCACCCCCCUCUGGGCCUGAGCCGGCAGCAGGGAUGAUGUCCAAUUGGGGUUCAGGUCUGGGUCCCGGCAUGUCAGGGAAGAACCUGUCAGGACAAAACAUGAUGAGGAGCAGAGUGGUGGUGGUGAAAUACGACAGGAAGCCCCUCAGCAACAAGACUUUGUUCGCCUUCACCGAACCUUUCGGGCGUCUGCGGGAGCACCUGAUCCUGAAGAACAAGGCCUUCUUGGAGAUGGAGCGUCACGAGGAAGCGCAGGACAUGGUCAACUACUACCAGCUCAAGCCGGCUAUGCUCUAUGGGAAGCCUGUCACCUUCUACCUAUCCAGACGACUGAUGGCUAUUGAGAAAGACCAGCGCUCGUCAGACAGGGCUGGCGACAGGCUGUCCUGGGAGGGCAAAGGACGAGGCAGUAAGGUUGUGUACUUCUCUGACCUGCCCAGAGAAGAAGACCAGAAGGAGGAGCUGCUGACCAUCGCCGCUCGCUUUGGCGUGGUGGAGAAGCAUCUCUUUUUCACCAACCAGGCGUUUGUCCAGUUGGGAACGUCGGAAGAUGCGGAGAUGAUGGUUAAGUACUACAAUGUCAACCCCCUCACCAUCAAAGGGCGAGACAUCCGCAUCAACAUCUGCACCAAGUACAAGACCCUCAACAUCAAUCGUAGACAAGAAGCUGCGGGGAACAGUCGUAGGGGCGGAGCCAACAGCACCCACUCGGCACCCAGAAACACCUCUUCAUCGCCUUCCAGGAGCAGAGACGAUGAGCACAGAGCCAAGUCUUCUUCGGAGGAUGAGGAGGACAAAGAAGGGGAAGAAGUGUCAGGAGUGGUGGAGGGGGAUGAGAAUACAAGUGAGGCAGGUGCAGAGGGGGUGGAGCCGGAGGAAACCGAAGAGGGCGUUCAGGAGAAGGUUCCUGAUGAUGAAGACGGUGUCACGAGUGAGACUCCUGCCGAUGUGAGUGGUGCUACCGUCCAGCCUGAGCAGGGGGAGGAGUCAGAGGAGCAGAAAGCAGAAGCAGGAAGUGCUGAAGAACAUGAGCCUGAGCAGCAGGACCAGAACUUCCUGGAGAACAUGGAGGAGUUUGUGACGCUGGAUGAACUCGCUGAUGAGGAGGAGGAGCUGGCUGAAAAUGAAGGACAGCAGUCUGAUGGCAUAGACACGUCCAGGAGAGGGGGGCUAAGGGUGGUCAACAUCCUGGGAUUCAGACGGGGAUACAACUUCUUGGAUGAGUUGCUGGGACUGGCCAAACCUUUUGGGAAGUUGGUUAGGCACCUGGUCCUGGACCGAAGACCUGAGGCGUUCCUUCAGUUUGCCAAAGAAGAUGAAGCGCGGGCAAUGGUGAAGUUUUACAACAGGAACGUUUCCGCGUCAGUAUGCGGGCGCCCGGUGCGGGUCAACCUUUCCAUGACCUACCCGACCAUACAGUACGGCGUCAGCAGGGUGGUGUACGUGGGUCAGCUGCCCAAUAGCAAAUACUCCGACGAGGACGUCUUCAAACUGGCAGAGCCCUUUGGCAAAGUCAGAAAGUACUUCCUGAACCGCAUCAAGAGAGAGUGUUUCCUGGAGAUGGAGAGGGCAGAGGACGCGUAUGAAAUGGCCGAAGCUUACAAAGCCAACCAACCGAAGUUGAAUGGUAGACGACUGCUUGUCUAUGUGAGCAGGAAGUACACGCAGCUCAAGUAUGGACAUCAGUGUCUCAGCGCUGCCAAGAGGGAGACGAGUAGCUCGCCUCCGAAAUCAGCCAAACGUCCCAAAGAGGGACCUCCUGCCAAGAAAAUCAAGAAAGACAAACCCAAGGAGGAAGGGAAGCAAUUUAAACCUCAAGAAGAUGAGGCAGUCAAGGAGGAAGAGGCGCAAAAGGAACCUCAAGAGGAGGUGGCGGACAAGGGGGAAGAGCAGCAAAAGAAACCUCAAGAGGAGGAGGAGGAGCAGCAGCACAUGAAUCCUCAAGAGGAAGGAGCAGUCAAGGAGGACGAGGAGAACAUGAUACCUCAAGAGGAGGCGGUGGCGGUCAAGGAGAAAGAGGAGCACAUGAAACUUCAGGAUGAGAAAGCGGUCAUAGAGGAUGAAGAGCAAAUUAAACUUCAGGCAGAACAAGAGGAAAUUAAACCUCGGGUUGAAGAGGAGGUGCCGAGCCUGAAUCAAAAGACAGAAAUGGACACCACAGAGAAGAUUCCACGUGUCCUGGAUCAGAACCAGCAACCGACAGAGGAGGAGGUCGCCAUGGAGACAUCAGCCGAUGAGGACAAACGGAGCGUCGCUUCUCUACCGCUGCCGCCAUUUAACCCCAACAAACCAAUUGGGCUGGAACACGUUAAGAUGGGAUAUUACUGCCGCGUCUGCCUCCUGUUUUACUCAAACGAGGACAUGGCCAAGAAAAAGCACUGCAGCAGCCAGACGCAUUACGACAAGCUACAGAAACAUCUGGAAAAGGAGAAAAGCAAGGCGGAGAAGAAGCGAGCAAAGAAGACUGAUGCGUGACCUCAUUUUUUUCAACCGAAGAGUUUUGUGUUGAUUUUUUUUGUUUUUUAAUAAUUUUUGUUUAGACGCCGACCUUUGACAUUUGUGUUGCCCAUUAAAGGAGAAGGACUCUGCUUCCACAAAAUAGCGACAUACAUUGUUGUCCCCCUAGCAGUCAUGUGAUCCUGUCGCACUUCCUGUAGGUGAAAUAUCUAGAAGUUUGAAAAAGUUUCAGGAUGUGUUCAGCCAAAAAGACUGGAAAGUCAGUAGGGUUCAGCAUUGGUGAUUCUGUUCAUCGUUGGAAUGUUUUAAGAGAAUAAAUGUUUUACACUCUGAAACUCGUCACAAAGCUUUAUUGUGAAAGGUUUCAUUAAAGUGUGACAUGAAACGUAAAAAGUU